GCUGUUUCCGCUUCCGGCUACUUGUUGCGCGAGACGCUGACAGGAGCAUGGACGGGCUGGUGGCUCAGUGCUCCGCGCGGCUGCAGCAGCAGGAAAGAGAGAUCAAGUCUCUGACGGCUGAAAUUGAUCGGCUGAAAAACGGUGGCUGUUUAGAAGCUUCUCCGAAUUUGGAGCAGCUGCGGGAAGAAAACUUAAAAUUAAAGUAUCGACUGAAUAUCCUGCGAAAGAGUCUUCAAGCAGAAAGGAACAGACCAACUAAAAAUAUGAUUAACAUCAAUCGCCGCCUACAAGAGGUCUUUGGCUGUGCCAUUAAGGCUGCGUAUCCAGAUUUGGAAAAUCCUCCUCUACUAGUGACACCAAGUCAGCAGCCCAAGUUUGGGGACUAUCAGUGUAACAGUGCUAUGGGUAUCUCUCAGAUGCUCAAAACCAAGGAACAGAGAGUUAAUCCAAGAGAAAUUGCCGAAAACAUUACCAAACACCUCCCAGACAAUGAAUAUAUUGAAAAAGUUGAAAUUGCUGGUCCUGGUUUUAUUAAUGUCCACUUAAGAAAGAACUUUGUAUCAAAGCAGUUGACCAAUCUCCUAGUGAAUGGUGUUCAACUACCUGCCCUUGGAGAGAACAAAAAGGUUGUAGUUGACUUUUCCUCUCCCAACAUAGCCAAAGAGAUGCACGUGGGCCAUCUCAGGUCAACUAUCAUAGGAGAGAGCAUGUGCCGCCUCUUUGAAUUUGCAGGAUAUGAUGUGCUAAGAUUAAACCAUAUAGGAGAUUGGGGAACCCAGUUUGGCAUGCUCAUCGCUCACCUGCAGGAUAAAUUUCCAGAUUACCUAACAGUUUCACCUCCUAUUGGGGAUCUGCAGGCCUUUUAUAAGGAAUCCAAGAAGAGAUUUGAUACUGAGGAGGAAUUUAAGAAGCGAGCGUACCAGUGUGUAGUUCUGCUCCAGAGUAAGGAUCCAGAUAUCAUAAAAGGUUGGAAGCUUAUCUGUGAUGUCUCCCGCCAAGAGUUUAAUAAAAUCUACGAUGCAUUGGACAUCUCUUUAAUAGAGAGGGGGGAGUCCUUCUAUCAAGAUAGGAUGAAUGAUGUUGUAAAGGAAUUUGAAGAUAAAGGAUUUGUGCAAGUGGAUGAUGGCAGAAAGAUUGUAUUUGUCCCAGGAUGUUCCAUACCUUUAACCAUAGUGAAGUCCGAUGGAGGUUAUACCUAUGAUACAUCUGACCUGGCUGCUCUUAAACAAAGACUAAUUGAGGAAAAAGCAAAUACAAUUAUCUACGUGGUGGACAGUGGACAAGCUGUGCACUUCCAGACAGUAUUUGCUGCUGGCCAAAUGAUUGGUUGGUAUGACCCUAAAGUAACUCGGGUGUAUCAUGCUGGAUUUGGUGUGGUGCUGGGGGAAGACAAAAAGAAGUUCAAAACACGUUCAGGUGAAACAGUGCGCCUCAUAGACCUUUUGGAAGAAGGACUAAAACGAUCCAUGGACAAAUUGAAGGAAAAAGAAAGAGACAAGGUUCUAACCCCAGAGGAACUGAAGGCUGCUCAGACAUCCGUUGCUUACGGCUGUAUCAAAUAUGCUGAUCUCUCCCAUAACCGGUUGAAUGACUACAUCUUCUCCUUUGACAAAAUGCUGGACGAUAGAGGAAACACAGCUGCUUACUUGUUGUAUGCCUUCACCAGAAUCAGGUCUAUUGCUCGUCUGGCCAAUAUUGAUGAAGAGAUGCUCCGGAAAGCCGCUCGAGAGACCGAGAUCACCUUGGACCACGAGAAGGAAUGGAAACUGGGCCGGUGUAUCCUACGGUUCCCUGAGAUUCUGCAAAAGAUUUUGGAUGACCUGUUUCUCCACACUCUCUGUGAUUAUAUCUAUGAGCUGGCAACUACUUUCACUGAAUUUUAUGAUAACUGCUAUUGUGUGGAGAAAGAUCGGCAAACUGGAAAAGUGUUGAAGGUGAACAUGGGCCGUAUGCUGCUGUGUGAAGCAGUGACUGCUGUCAUGGCCAAAGGGUUCGAUAUCCUGGGAAUAAAACCCGUCCAAAGAAUGUAAUCUUUCUAGGUUUGAACACUGUGUGUUUUUACCAAAGUGGCCAUUCGCACUGUUGGCUUUUUUACAAUCAUGUGGAUAUAAAAACAAGUAAAAGGAAAUUUGUCAACUACCUA